CCUAUGAACGCAUCUUUGCAUCAGUUAGUGUGAACAAAUCUGCAGUCAAUCAUGUAUGCAUACGUUUGUCUUAUCUUUAUUGCACUAGCAUGUGCCACUCAAGGAGCUCCGUCUCCUAAUAUCGUCGGUGGCAGAGAUGCUCCUAAUGGCAAAUACCCGUAUCAAAUAUCGCUGAGAUAUUUCGGCUCACACUCAUGCGGUGGAUCCAUUCUUAAUGCUCGUAACGUAUUAACCGCAGCACAUUGUGUCGUAGGAAGAGAAAGUACGUUGCAAUAUCUGACGGUCCACGCCGGCACAAACCGCCAAAAUGAAACAGGAGAUGUUUAUCAAGUAGUGAAUGUUACAGUCCACAAAGAUUACAGUUCUAGUCGGUUUAUUAAUGACAUUGCCCUAGUUCACCUUAAAACAUCUAUCAAAUAUAAUAAAAAAGUGCAACCAAUAAAACUUGCGACGAUUGAUAAAGAUCUUGAAAACAAACCUUGCACAUUAUCAGGCUGGGGAAGUACUAGGCUUGGUGGCAACGUUCCGAACAAUUUACAAGAAAUUGACUUGUUAGUUUGUCCCUUAGCUAAGUGCAAAGCCAUGCACACAACGCAAGUGAUCGAUAGCAAUAUUUGCACUUUAACAAAAGCAGGACAAGGAGCGUGCCAUGGUGAUUCUGGUGGACCUUUAGUAUCAAACCAAACUCAAAUUGGAAUUGUUUCCUGGGGUAGGCCAUGCGCAGUUGGAUAUCCAGACGUAUACACAAGAGUUACUAGUUUUGUGCCAUGGAUCAAUACAAAUUUGAAAUAAUAAAUUAUUUUAUUUAUUCAUUAAAUACGGCGCUGCUUACAUGCGCGCUAAUUACAUGCUACUUUUAAUUUAAUCAGAGCAUAGCUCAUUAAAAUAAUUUUUUUUAAAUGUA